AUGAAGCUCUUCGGCGGCUCCCAAGAGCCCACGUUGGAACAGGUCCACGAGCAGCAGGGCCGUCGUCCUUCAGUGGCUGAAGUAGUCGAGCAGCAGGUUCGACGAAAGAGCGUUGACAAUCGCGUCGUCACUGGUGCCAGCGCCCUUACCACGCGCCAAUCCAUCGUCCCGGUUGUCCUGGUCACCAUUCUCUUUUUCAUGUGGGGUUUCGCCUACGGCCUUCUCGAUGUCUUGAACUCUCGCUUCCAGAUUGCUCUGCAUAUCACUCAGGGCGAAUCAUCUGGUCUUCAGGCGUCUUACUUUGGUGCUUACUUCAUUGGCCCUCUCACCUACUCUGGCUGGUUCCUUCGCAAGUUUGGAUACCGUUAUACGUUCAUGCUCGGCCUCUCCAUCUACUGCGUUGGUGCUUUGAUGUUUUGGCCAUCAGCGGUCAAGCGAAGCUUCGGCGGCUUCUGUGGCGCCAUGUUCCUUGCAGGCUCCGGAUUAUCGACUCUCGAGACUAGUGCGAACCCAUAUAUCGCCGUAUGUGGUCCCCCAAAAUGGUCCGAAUUCCGUCUUGAGCUAUCCCAGUCUGUCCAGGCUGUUGGAUCCGUCGUAGCGCCUGUCCUUGCUGGCCAGGUCAUCUUCAAGAACGUUGGAGCAGAUGGUCGCUCUCUGGAGAGUGUGCAAUAUGUCUACCUUGGAAUUGCUGCAUUCGUGGGGAUCCUCGCCGUGGUCUUCUAUUUUGCCCCUAUCCCCGAAAUCUCCGACGCCGACAUGGCCGAUCAAGCUGAGAUGACUACCGCUGCGACCGGCUACGUCGAUAAGCCCAUGAAGAAGCAGUACACUCUUUUCUGGGGUGUUGCCGCUCAGUUUUCCUACGUCGGUGCCCAAGUUGGUGUGGCUGCUUACUUCAUCAACUACUUCACCGAGGCUAGGCCCGAUUUGAACAUCACAGAAGGCCACAGGCAAGGUGCCAAUUUCUAUGCCAUCGCUCAAGGUCUUUUCGCUAUCGGUCGUUUCGCCGCUGCAGGUCUUAUGUACUAUGGCGGAAAACCCCGCUACGUCCUUCUGGCCUUCCAAACCCUCAUCAUGGUCUUCAUCUCAGCGGCCAUUGGCACCGACACUGGCCACGGCAAAAAGCCCAACUGGGGCGGCCUCUCCAUGCUCAUGAUUACCUUGUUCUUCGAGUCAUGUAUCUUUCCCAUAAUCUUCGCUUUAACACUGAGAGGUCUCGGUCGCCAUACCAAGCGCGGUGCUUCUUACCUCGUCUCCUCCGUCUGCGGCGGCGCCGUUGUCCCUGUCAUCCUCGGCAACGUCGCUGAUAGAAUCGGUACCCGCAAGGCCAUGUGCAUUCCCCUCGUUUUCUUCUUCAUCGCUUGGAGUUACCCGAUCUACCUUAAUCUCGUCAAGGGCAAGGAGCUUGAUGCGUAUAGCGAGAGCCAUGUUGGUGUGCAGGAGGGUGCAGUAGACUUUGAUUCCAUUGUUGCCAACAAGGAUCUUGAGGCUUCUCACUAUGAGAAGAAGUGAAGUGGUGCUUGUUUAAGAGGUGUUCACGAGGACUGUGCAAGACGAACUGAUGAUACCUGGUGGAUACAAGGGCGUUUUGGUGAGACCUUUCUUGGCUGGGAAAGAGUUGUAUAUACCACGGCUGCUUUUUGCACAUAUAUUCCUGUUUUAGUAUCAUUACGAAUACAACGUGGCCC